AUGGUGCUUGGAAUCUUGAUCGCUGUGAUCGUUGCACCAGGUCUACUCGGCAGUCAAGAGGCCAUUCGACAAGGACAAUCGAAAGACAAAAGAGAAGAACACCGCGCACGUAGGUGUAAUCUUAUAGCAACCUGCGUUAAGUCAUCACCAAGAAGCCGAGAGAUCGACGGACGCCCUGUUGUGCUCCGUAAUGGAAAACUCUGGAUCGAUACAACCACCGAAGAUGGCGAACCACUCGGCCACACGUGCGCUGGUUACUACUUACCAUAUCCGGACACCAAGUACGAGGGCCUCGUUACUACUAUCACGGAUGUUGCGCCUAUCAUGAAUUGGGUAUACAUAGAUAGACAGACACACGAAGCAAGAUAUGGUGUCCGUGCAGAUGCGCAGCCUAACCUUACCGGACCGUUCGACUGUACACGUCAAGAUCGCCGCCUCACUUUCGAUGGGUGGGAAGGGUGGUGUGCUGUAGAAGAGUACGAGGGUUACUGGUGUCUGUACUUCGAUGUUGAUGACAAUGGGCUAAGGUCGAAAGUUGCUCCCGGGACAAGAGUACUAGAGAUCGAGCUGAGUAGGAAAGAAAAGAGGUUCAAGAAAGACGAUGAGGGACGGCAACAAGACCAGACCACCAAGAGAGAGGUAGACAACAGGGAGGACGCCCCUACCGAUCGACCACUACGGUCUGAAGCAGACGUAAGAAGACCCGGAGUGUUCGACGAACCACAGUCAGAGCUAGAAACCCCACCUGCAGAUGAUGCAAUGCCCAAGACACCACCACCAGCAUAUUCAAAGACGAACAAACCGAGCACUUCUCCAAUCCAAGGCCGUCCCAAAAAAGGGGCAGUUGACGCGUUAGACGAUUUUCUGGCCAUGGAAGUGCAAGCAAAUGUUACAUCCGUCCCACGUGUGCAAACACAAAGGCGAUCGACAUCGGACUCACCACCACCACCGCCCCUACAACCACAACUACCUACUCCGCUAGAAGAAAGACGGGUCACUCCCAAGCUCAACCGGAAUAGUGGCAGUAAAGCGAUAGCUCAAGCUCAAAUAUUUGAAGCCAUGGCAGCUGGACAGACACAAAACAGUGACAACAUAUCCAGAAGAAUUUCGGGGAACAAGCGUAUUUCUCUAGCCAGCAGCAACGCUGAUUCAGCAUCAGUCUACUCUGAGGAAGACCAGAGGUUGAGCAGAGAGAUUCGGCCGCAGUCAAGCAUAUCGCAGAAAGCAUACUACACAGCUCCUGUAGCACCGCCAGUGCCACUCAUUGAUGCAAACCCACCAGGAAUGAACAACAGUGUAAGAAUAGACUUGGGGCAGCCCUCAUCGAUGACAUAUCAAGAAGGAGAGCCGCCUGCUGACCCCGCAAUAUUUGGUGCAACGGAACCUCAGGCCAGCAAGCGAAGUAGUUAUUCAAACUUAGUUUCUCAACGGAAACGAAACUCGAAAGUAUUCUCAGCCCGGCGACCUGGAAAGCGCGUGUCUCCAAGGAACUCGGCGACCAAGCCGUCGACAGUCACGAUGUCGAGCGGUGCUGGCAGCAGAAGACAACCAAGCACGAGCAAGUCUUCGAAGGUGCAAGUGGGAACCAGUAACUCUGGAAACAGGGCCCAAGCUGGCAGGAAAACUACUUCUACCUUUUUGAAGGACUUGGAUGAUCUGGUCAACCUUGAAGCAGCGCCAGGUUUGUCCACAAGCAAUCGGAGAGCUCCCGCACCUGAGAAAGGGCUCCCUUCGAGAGGCGAGCAGAGAGGUGGUAGAACAAGUACCAACAAAACGCUUACAAAGCGCAUUUAG